AUGGACCUGGAUUUGACCUUGGGCUUCAUCAAGGUCACAGUUCUCCUGCUUGGAGCCUAUGCUCUAUCUGCGUCCAUAUAUAACGCGCGUUUGCCGAAAUGGCCGCCGUUAAAGGAUGCUAAAAAGGCGAGCGAGCCGCCCACAAUAUCGUCACAGAUACCAUACUUUGGUCAUGUAUUUGAAAUGAUCAAGAGUGAUUUCCAAGAGUACUUUGGCCGCCUCUCAAUCAGCCAGGCGACGCCAAUUUCCACGGCUUGGCUUGCCACGCAGAGAAUCUACGUCAUGGACGCUUCCGAUACGGAAAUGACCAAGCUCUUUGCCAAAGCGCCAGGCUUGAGCCUCACGGCCGCUUUCUGGGUCGGCUUCGGCGGUUAUUUGCGCUUUAACAAGGCUAGUCACCAGGGGAUGAUGACGCCAGACAAGCACCCGUUCAAGAAGGAGCUGUCUCGUCUUCUUCGUGAUGAGCUCUCGACCAUUGGCAAGGUGCAAGCACACCUUGCCCGCGUGCAGGACAAAAUCAACGAGGCAUGGCAACAAACUGUUCCAGAUGCUUCAAAUACAGUGAAGCUUGCAGAUUGGGUGUCAAAUAACAUUGCCAUGUCGUUGGGCUCGGUCAUAUGGGGAGAAGAGGGACCAUAUAAUGACAUCAAAUUCAGACAAAGUCUACGAAUUAUGCUUUCCGGUCUGCGCAAUUUGUAUCACCCUUUUACCAUUUUCCUACCACGCUCUUUUAGCCGUGCUCGAGAUGACGUACGCGCUGGACUGAGCACGCUGGAUGCGCCGCGGAGCAUUGACGAGAAGAAGCUGGACUACCAAGACUUGUCCUUUAUCGGCAAGGUCAAAGUUCUUUUGCAGAAGCACAGCAUUCCGCAAGCGGGCUGGAACGACUUUUCCUUUUCCCUCAUCAUGGGCGUCUUUCCCAACCUCAUCAACAUCACCACCUGGGCGCUAUGGCAUCUCGUUGCCGACGACAAGCUCAUGGAGGCCAUUCGCGCCGAGGUAUACAACCUUGUCGAGCCGACUGAUGCAUCCUCUUCCGGAAGCCAGAGACUUGUUGUCGACAUGAGUCGGGUGCGCGACUCGUGCCCGCUUCUCAUGUCCUUUUGGUACGAGCUGCUUCGACUGUACGCGGCCAACUCGAACAUUACCCGUCUGGUCACGCAAGACUCCGUCUUUGCGGGCCUGUUUUCGCUUCGCCGCAAGGCGCUGAUUGUGGCUCCGAUGCUGCCGCACCAGCAUAGCCACAGCAUCUGGGGCGAGGAUGCCGACACUGUGCGCGCGGAUCGCUUUCUAGACGACGAGGGCAAUGUGGACGUGAGCCGGGUCAAGCAGCUCAUGGCCUUUGGGCUGCCUACAGUGCUCAUGUGCCCCGGACGCUACAUUGUGCACAAUGUCGUGAUGCUCAACGUCAUCAAGACGCUGCUGACGUUUGACAUUGCGCCUGCGCCGGGCGAGACGCUGAACGACGGGCAGGGUGCUUGCAAACCAAAGAGGAGCAUGGUGGCUGGUGUACCAGAACCGAGUCACGACCCGGAGUUGGUGUUGACGCGCCGCAAGAAUGUUGAGACGGUGCACAUUACAUUUGACAACCAAAAGCCGGGUUGGUAA